UCAACAGCUGUUUGACCGAAGUCUCAACCUCGUUGAUCUUUCUAUGAAUGUGACUCGGUUAUUUCGUCACACGUGUUUUCGAAAAUAUCAAACCUAAAUUCGUAAAAGACAAUAAAACUAAGCAAUUAAGUAUGGAAGAAGAUAGUGGUGUUAAAGCACCUGUUACACGGCUGCGUCGGAGGCUGUCUGUAGAACAGACAGAGGAGAAGGUGUUGACACCCAACACUCCAACAAAGAAAAGAGCAACAAGGCGAGCUAAACCUGAGCUGGAUCUCAUUGAUGAAAAUGUUGUUCCUGAAACUUUAACACCAAAAAGAACAACACGAAAGGCUGUGAAGGAUGUUCUAGAGCCAGUAGAAGAAAAAGCAGUGACACCCUCAAGACGCAGUACGAGGAUCAAGUCAAACACAAGCAUUGUAUCGGAGACUGCGGCUUUAGCUGUGGACUCACCGCGAGCUAAACGAGCCGCAAGGAGAAAUUCACAUCUUGGAAGUGAUAGUGAAGCUUCUAACACACCUACUCUACAAACAAGGAGGACAAGAAGAGAUUCAACUUCCAGCAUUGACAAGGUGGAUGCAAUAUCAAAGCCUGCAAUCAUAAUAACUGAGCCCAUUGUUGAAGAACCAGAAACAGUAUCAAGAAAAUCAACUAGUGGUAAUGACACCACCAAUACUUCACCUCAAAGCAAUCUAAGAAAAUGUCCAAGGCUUAAUAAAAUUCCACUAAUACUAAUAACUAAACUAGAAGACACAAGUGCCUUAUUAAAUAAUGAUACUAAUGUCAAUGAACAAAAAGAGUCCCAUAACAAAUCAACAGAAUCAUCUAGUAUUUCAUCAACUCAACAUAUUAAUGAUAAAUCAGAAACCAAUAAAAGUGAUAAUUCAAAAUCUCUAGAUUCAACAAUAAAUUUAAUUAAUAAUAUUGACCAAAUAAACACAAAAACGAAGAAUAUUCACAAUAAGAGUACAUCAGCUCUUGAAAGCAAUAAUUUUAAAAGCAAGAAAAAGAGAACUAAAUCUUGGUCUACUGUAUGCAGUCCAAAUUUAAAAGAGAAUAUUUUUUAUAGUGAUAAUGAGAGUAAGAAAGACAAAUUGAGUUCAAUUAAAUUACCAUUAAGAUAUAGCAUGGCUUCUGGUGACAACAAAUUGGACCUAAAUGUAUCAAAAAUCUCUGAAAUUUGCAAAGAUGUUUCUGUUACUCUCAACAAAUGUGAUAUUAAUUUAACAGUUGAAAAUUUAAACAAUAGCAAAUUAUCAAGUAAAGAAUUGUUUGACAGAGAACCCAGUGGAAUAAUAAACACAGAAAUAAUAAUUGAAGAUUCGGAUUCCAAUCCGGAAAAAGCCGAACCUGAAGGAAAUCAUGAUAAUGAAGAUCAAUGUGUUCCAGAAGUAUCUGUGCCCGAUAGUGUAAACAAAUCUUUGCUGAAUCCAGAAAUUCAGAAUACAUCUAACAUGGCUAAUGUUAGUCAUAAAUCUGAGAAGGAAUUGAAUAAAGAAGGUUUUAAUGACAGUGUUGAGCCUAUGGAUAUUGAUGAAACUAUCCCUGACAAUUUAUUGAUCUCCGAACCUGAAAAAACUAAUAAUUCAAUAAAAAAUGAAGUAACAAUUCAGCAAAAUUCCAUUAUCAAUUCACAUUCUAAAUCAAAGCGUAAAUCUUCAAUAUCCUACAGUCCUAAUAAUACAGAAAAUAAAAGCACUUUAAUAAUAACAGAAUUAAAAGACAAUUCUAGCAAUGAAAUUAAUAAAAGUCAAAUAGCUACAAAUAAUAAGUCCAUUUCUAAAUCUAUUAUGGACUUGGACAAAUCUCAAAAUAAUGAGACAGACAGAAAAAAUGUAUCAUUGAAUUGCUUAACUAGUACACCAUUACAACAAAAGAACUUUCAAAAGUUAUUAGCGCCCAUUAAUACUUCCAUAAUAAAAUCGAAUCAGGAUAAUGCCAAAAGUCCAGUAGUCCAAAACACAUCCCAUGAAUCAAAGAGUUUUAAAAAUAAAAGUAAAGAUGAAUCAAGUGAUGACGACUCUACAGAGGAAGAAUCUUCCAAAGAAAAAAAUGAAUUACUAAAUGAUGAAGCUAUGGAUGCUGGAGAUGAUUAUGAGUCAGGGGACAGUCAAGAUGAAGAUGAACGUCAAUAUGCCGAAGAAAACGAAAUAGUUGAUAAAGGUGUAACUAUUUCAUCAGAAGACGAAUUAUCGAAUGAUUCAGAUUACGAAAAAGAUUCGUUUAUAGUUAGCUCAGAUGAAGAAGAUAACCAAUUACUAGAUGGUACAGAUGAUGACUUAUCAAUGAGUGACAACGAGUUGAAAAUGACAGCAAAGUCUAAGAAAAAAUACGAUGAACGCAUGGCCAAACAACAAAAGAAAGCCUCCAGGGAGAUGUUUGAGGCACGUCAUAAACUCGAUAAUUCUAAGUCUAAGAAACGUAUCUCCGAUAGCAAGGAUAGUUCCGAUUCAUCUGAUGAGGAAGCUCCAGUCCUCCAAAAAAAGAAGAAUAGAAUGAGAUUAGAUUCUAGCCAUGAUACCAGCACAAUAUCUAAUGAAAAUUCUGCAAAGAAAAAUAAGAAAAAACGCUUAUCUGAAUCUAUCUGUAAUGAGAGUGUUCUUAAUGAAAAAGAAAUCACUAUGCAAAAUGAAAGUUUAAAAGAGAGUGAUCCACUCGAGGCAGAUAUAAAAUCGGAGCCAAAAACCCCUAAAAAGGACAUGGAUUCCACAGUAGACUUUGUAGAUGCCAAUAAUGCAAAUAACACAAUCAUUAAUAAAAGUGGACCAAAUGAAAACUUAUCGGAUCCAUUACAUGCUUCAAUGGAAGAUGAAUUGUCGUCUUCAGACAGUGACACCAAUAAUAUAAUCGAUAAUUAUGAUUCAGUUCUGAAUUCAUUGAAUAAAAACAAAAAUCCUAAUAUUGGUAACGCAUCACUCAAUCAUGAAAUGAAAACAAAAGAGAAGAAUAAAAAAGCACCUGUAAUUGAUGAUUUGAAUCUUACACAAGUGAAAACAGUCUUCAAGAAUCUAAAACCAAAAAAAUCUGAAAAAGAGUCAAAGAAAGAAAAGCAAAUGCUUGAAUCAUCUAAAGGUGGUAGUGAUAGUUCAUCGGAUUCUAUUGAUUUAAAUUUACUUUUCUCUGAAGAAAGCAAUGCAGAUUCCUUCAGUAACAAACCCGGUAAUGAUAAGGACACUAUUCCAUUGAAAAAGAGUGAAGCUAAGACUAAUAUAAGCAUUCAGAAUGAUCAAGACGAAGCAGAUGGCGCCGUAAGCUUUUUCAUUGACACUACAGGUGAACGCAGCAGUGAAGAGGGUAAAGAAAAUAUUGACAAAGAAUUAAAUAUGUCUGUUGAUAAUGACCAAAGCUUGAAAACGAGUGCUAAGAAGAAAAAGAAAAGCUUAUCUCAAUCAAUGAUAAAUGAAGCAACAGACGUACCUUCUGAAGAAACAGACCAAAGUGAGAUACAAGCUAAAACACCCAAAAGUGAAAAGAAAAAGAAGAAGAGGCAAUCUGAAUCGCAAGUUGACUCCACAACAGACAUCCCCGCUGAAGAAAUAACCCAAGAACAAAAUGAGUCACAUGCAAAAACUCCUAAAAGUGAAAAGAAAAAGAAAAGGCAUUCAAUAUCACAUAUUGAACAAGAAGAACCUCAGGAACAAGAUAUUAUUGUGUCCAAUAUUAAAACGCCAAAUAGUGAGAAAAAGAAAAAUAAGCGAUUGUCGGUAUCCGUCGCUGAUAAUUUAGAUGAAGCACCAUCUGAAGGAGUUACCUCAGAUAUUAAUAUUUCAACUUUAAAAACACCAAAGAGUGAGAAGAAAAUGAAAAAACGUCUUUCAGAAUCGCAGGUCGAUACAACCACAGAACAAGGAGUUGUUAUUGAAGAAGUAAUAGAUGUAUCAACUCAAAAACCAAACAGUGAAAAGAAAAAGAAAAAGCGAAUGUCUGAGGCACAAGUGAAUAUAACAAUAGAUGAACCUGCUACAGAGGAGGGCAAUCGUUCUCUAGCAAAAACACCGAAAAGUGAAAAGAAAAAGAAACGCCUAUCGGAGUCACAAAUUGCUGCAACAGAAGUACCACAAAUUGGAGAACAAUCUUAUAAAGAAGACGGCAACAUUUCAGUAUUGAAAACGCCAAAGAGUGAUAAAAAGAAAAAACGCGUAUCAGAAUCACAACCUGAUGCAGUUGAAGAUAUACCAACUGAAGAAGAACCUGCUGCAAAGGAUGGCAAUAUUUCGCUAUCCAAAACACCAAAGAGUGAAAAGAAAAAGAAUAAACGCCUGUCAGAGUCACAAAGCCAAGAAGUAGCAGAUCCAUUGGAAGCAAUGCCUAUAGUGGAAGGAAAUGUUUCGCUAUUAAAAACACCAAAAAGCGACAAGAAGAAAAAUAAACGACUCUCAGAGUCACAAACAGAUAACAUAAACACAGAUACACCAAGCGAAGAAAUUACUGACUUAAAUGUAUCAAUCAAGACACCAAAAAGUGAAAAGAAAAAUAAGAACCGUUUGUCAGCAUCACAGACGAUACAUGUUGAAGAAAAUUCCGAUUCCGAUAGUCCGCUGGAAAUAGGUGUUGAAAUGAAUCAACCAAAUAUUGAACAAAAUGAUGAGGAAACAAAGAAAUCAAGCGGCAAGAAGAAAAAUAAAAAGAAGGGUCAAUCUAAAACCGAAAUUCAACAAGAAACUGUUCAAGUAUUAGAUGACAGUGAAGGCAAUUCCAACAAAAAACGAAAACGACCACAAAAUUCUGUGGAAGAAAUAUCUGGAGAUGUUGAAACCUCUCAGUCGAAGAAAAAGAGAAAAAUAAUGAACAAUGAAGAAGAAAUAUUGACUGAACCUGAAGAAGGCAAAAAUAUAAAAAAUAAAAAGCGAAAACAAAGGGAAGAUGAUGAAUUGGGUGUUUCAAAGGUACGCAAAACCAACGCUCUCACAAAAAUGCCCGUGCCCCGUUUGCCAACUUCCAUAUUGAGCCAAUUAGAUGACAAACCGAAAGAACAAACCAAGAAAAAGCCCAAAGUAGUCGCCACAAGCGGGUUCAUCGUCGAAGAAGUACGGAGGAGCAAGCCGUCCAAUUACCUUGAAGAGAGUAUUUAUUUACACGAAGACUCGCCCAAGAAGAAAAAACCUAAAGCUAACAUUCCUAAACCAAAAGUGUUGCCUACAAUGCCCACAGCUUCUACAUCGAACACCGGAUAUACGACUAAUUUCAAAGUUAAUGUAAUCCCCACUGAAACCAAAUUCGUCGCUCAAAAGAGUAACAUAGUUAAUUUCAAAGAAGAACGUAUGUACAAUAAAAAUAUUAAACGUUUAGGUACCUAUGAAAUGUAUAAGAGACAGAGGAAUAUAAAAUUGUCAAAGUUUUAGAGAUUUUCACGUUUCAGUUAUGUUAAAACUCCGCCUGUUAUAAUUAUGAAUAUUCUUUUCUGAUAUUCCGCUAUUAGUUAUACUCAUUAUACAAUUAAUUUUUCUUAUUGUAUUCAUAUCGACUAAAAAAUAUACCGGCCGAACCUCCUCCCUUUUUUGAAGUCGGUUAAAACUCUUUCAAUCUUGUAUUU